CUUCCUCACCCCGACCAUCAUCACGACCUCCCAUCUCUUCCCCUUCACCUCUACCACUCUUUACCUGCUAGAAAUCAAGCAGAAGUGUUGGGGGUGCCUCCAGUAUCCAUGCUGUUCCAAUCCUGAAGUCUCUCAUCGAAUCUAUCCUACUCUUUACCGCCUGCCCGCAGUUCGGUAGCCCAGCCUGCUCGACACCGCCUAACCCAGGUUCCUUAUCUCCAUCAUGGCUACAACUCAUCAUCACGCCGGACCUGUUGGUCCUGACACGUUGAUCACUGUCAAAGUUAUCAUCGAUGGCACGAACAGACGAUUCAAACUUGCUCUUCGGGAUCUCGGUGCCAAUACUCUCCCACAGAAGCUUCGCUUCCUGCUUGCCAUCCCUGAUGAACACGAGGUCAAGUUCGACCGAUUCUCCGAUUCCGCCGGAGCCUACGUUACCCUCGACAGCAACAAUCCAGGUGUCUACAAACAAUUGUAUCGAGCGGCCAAGGCGAAACUCAAGCUGCGACUCAAGGCUACUGUGGUGAAGACUGCAAAGAAGGAGGCGAAGGAGGAUAGCAAGCCUGAAACCAACACUUACUGGGCCGCACCUUCAGUCUCCCAAGCAGUGCCGAGGCACAGCUUCCUCGAUACCGUCCUCUCUCAGCCUGCUGCAACACCCUUCAAGUCUCUUCAGAAGAACUUCCCAUACUCUCCAACGACCUGUACUAUCCCGGGGGCUUUUGACACUAGACCGUCUGGCAUGGAUCCAGUUCCUAAUGCUCCUCGAGACUGUCACACCGAUCUCUUCAGUCUCCCAACCCUCCCUUCCCUCAACGACUUUCCGUCAACUUCGUAUUCUAUUGACUGCAACCACUGUGGCAAGUCUGUGCCUGACGAGCACUACCACUGUGGAAUUUGCGAGAACGGUGACUUCGAUCUGUGCAAGAGCUGCGUCGAUUCUGGUAUCACAUGUGACGGUGACGAGCAUUGGCUGGUCAAGAGGCACAUUCGCAAUGGAGUCGUUAUUCCAAGCGAGACAACUACCUUCCCAGCGAAGAAGUCGUCCAAGACUGUGACUAUUUCGUCUGAAGAGCUGGCUACCCCGUUUAGCCCCGAACAAGACGAUGGUGAUCGCACCUGCAACUCUUGCGUCUGCCAAAUGCCGAAACGCGAAUUUGUCACUUGCCAGAAUUGCCCAGACUUCGACCUGUGCCUCUGCUGUUUCAUGGACGACGAACAUGGUCAUCAUCCUUCUCACACCUUUGAGCCACAGGGCAGUCCGGAGCAUCUGCCUGAGCUUGAAGCUCUCUGUGCUCCAGGCCGCAAUGUUCGUCACGAUGCUAUCUGCGAUGGCUGCGACGAGAGCAUCUUCGGCGUUCGUCACAAGUGCUUGUCAUGCCCAGAUUUUGACUUCUGCUCUACCUGUGUAGUUUCUGCUGGCGAGAAGCAUACAGGCCAUCGCUUUGCACCUAUCUAUGCUCCUCUUGAAAAUGUGCGCGCCGUCAAGCAAUACCAUCGAGGUGUCUACUGUGACGGCCCUCUUUGCAUCAACCAGAAGCGCUACAUUGUAGGCGACCGAUACAAGUGUACGGUGUGCCAUGACACCGACUUCUGUGCCAGUUGCGAAGCUUCACCCAACAAUGACCACAAUGCAACUCAUCCCUUGAUCAAGUUCAAGACUCCAGUCGAACAUGCCUCCAUCACCACGGUACACGAGACAACGUUUGGAGAGCAGCUUGGACAGUUGGGAGACCGACCAUUGGCCAAGCACGCCGCGACGGAAACCACACGUUCUACCUCUGCCAAUGCUGCCACUCAAGUUCAGACUGUGGCCGAGGUAAAGCCUAUCGAGAACACUGCCACUACAGAGGAGACUCCCAAGGCCAGUGAUGUCCUCUCCGGCAAGACUACGGCUAAUGAGCUGCAAGCGUGGUAUGUCACCGACUUGACUCCAGAUGGGACUCGUGUUGCACCCAGCCAUCUCGUUAUGCAAUCCUGGACCCUGCGCAACCCGGGCCCUCAAACUUGGCCAGCCGGUUGUGCUGUCUACUACAUUGGUGGAGAUGACAUGCGCAACCUGGAUUCUCUUCACCCCUCCAGUGUGAGCACCAUGACUUGUGCCAAUCGUAGCAACGUGCUUGCAACCAGUCUGGAACCAGGAAAGACUGCGGUCUUUACGGUUUUGCUCAAGGCUCCUGCUCGUGAAGGACGAGCUAUCUCUUACUGGCGUCUCAAAACUCCCGAAGGACUUCCAUUUGGUCACAAGCUCUGGGUCGACAUUGAAGUUCAGUCUACUCCUGUUGAGUUGCCAAUUCGCUCUGCUCCUACACCUACUAUUCCUUCCACUGUUGAGAUCAAGACGGGGCCACAACAAGAACCAGGAGACAGCUCGCAGAGCAGCUCCACUAUGAUCUUUCCCAAGCUUGAAAAAGAGUCUCCAGUCUCGAGCAUCCACGAUGUUAGCGAGACACAUGCCGAAGCACCUGUUCCUACAAUGGAGCCCACCACAAAGACUGACGGACAAGAGCUGCUCGAGGAUGUGGAAAGCCUCGAACUCGAAGAAUCUGACAGUGAUGAAGCCGGCUUCUUGACAGAUGAGGAGUACGACAUCCUUGAUGCAAGUGACGAGGAUUAUUUGGAAGCACAAACAGAGGCCAGCAAGUAAAAGUUCCAACCUUGAUCGACCACUGGCGCAAAUGUAAGGAACAUCAGUGUGGCUACACUGCAGCAGUUUUGGCAACAUGGCUCGCGAUGCCAGAAUCAUCAGAAUGAAACCAAGCAAACGACAAUGACAUGGAGCAGGGCGAGCGUGCUUUUGGGUCGGGAUCGGGAUGGAAUAGGGGCGUGCUAGGGACAUGGAAUGCCUUUCUCCUUUUAUUGUUGGACUUGACAUAUCACUGACACGCUAUCUUGCUCCGUUGAUCAAUAACAGCAUGAAACCUAUGCUUUCAUUCUUAGUAGACAAGAGUACUGGCGACUUCGUAGUCGGUAUUAACGGGAGCCUAGUGAGCCUUUGGUGUGCGUGGAAUUUGCUUCCUGUCAUUCGAGACUGUGGUGGUGUGAUUGGAGUAGAAUUGGGGAUCAUCGAGGGAGGCUUGUCGUCAUAGAACCGGGCAUGAUCUGGGGGCGCUCAAACGGAGGUCAUCCUCCAGGUUUUUGGGUCAUGAUGGGUCUGACUCAGUUGGUCUUGGUGGUGACGAAUAGGCGGGCGAUGCUUGAAGGCAUGUGCUGGCCACCACCAAAUUCCGGGGACUCUUGGUUGAGGACCUACGA